UUUGAUCAGGCGUCUGGGCGGGCACCAGCCUUGGCAAAUUAAAACUUGCAUACACAUGCUCUUUAGUACACAGGAUCACACAGACGGACAGUGAAGCUCUGGAAUAAGGUGUCUCUCAGUCUAGGUUGGUGCAAUAUUGGUGGCACAAUGCACUGGGUUUCUGUUCUCAUUGUGGCUGCCCUCUGCGGAGUGUCCUUGAGCCAGUACGAUGAUCAAUAUGAUGACAUCUUCUGGCUACAACAGUAUUUACGCAGCCGGUCUUCAUCUUACAGCUAUUCGCCAUAUUAUGAAGAUGAGGUCCCGGCAUAUUCAUCUUACUCUUAUGCGCCAGCUGAAUCCUCAGUUGGGGAGCCUGUUCCUGAAACCCCCGUUUCCAGGGAUUGCCCCAAUGAAUGCGAAUGCCCCCCCAACUUCUCUUCUGCCUUGUACUGUGACACUCGUAAUCUCAGGUAUCUUCCUUUUGUGCCUUCCCGGAUGAAGUAUGCCUACUUCCAGAACAACCAUAUUGUGUCCAUCCAAGAGGGAGCCUUCGACAACGCUACCAGCCUGGAGUGGCUGGCAUUGCACAACAACCAAAUAACCAGUGAGAAAAUGGGCAAGAGGGUCUUUGCCAAGCUCAAGAACCUAGAAAGGCUAUACCUUGACCGUAACAACCUGACCAAGAUACCUACCCCUUUGCCACGGUCACUGCGAGAACUCCACCUGUCUUAUAAUCAGAUCUCCAAGGUCCCAUCCAAUGCUCUAGAAGGCUUAGAGAACCUCACAGCUCUCUAUCUCAGCCACAACCAGAUCUAUGAAAUGGGACCAAACCUCAAGGGAUUAAAGUCUCUGAUUCUGGCAGAUCUGAGCUACAACCAACUCCGGAAAGUUCCCGAUGGCCUUCCAAGUGCCUUGGAACAGCUUUAUUUGGAGCAUAAUCAUAUAUAUACGAUCCCUGAUGAUUACUUCAAGGUCUCUCCCAAGUUGCUGUAUGUACGGAUGUCUCAUAACAGCCUGACAAAUGAAGGACUUGCCACCAAUGCUUUCAAUACAAGCAGCCUCCUUGAACUGGAUCUUUCUUACAACAGGCUUCAGAAGAUACCACGGGUCAGCACAAGACUGGAGAAUCUCUACCUCCAGGGAAACAAAAUCAAUGAAUUCACCAUCAGCAGCUUCUGCACCAUUGUGGAUAUAAUGAACUUCUCCAGGCUACAAGUCUUGAGGCUGGAUGGGAAUGAGAUUCGUCGGAAUAAUGUGCCUUCUGACGCACCACUCUGCCUGCGAUGGGCCAGCGUUAUAGAGAUUUAGCAAUUGCUCCUUCCCUAACCCCACCCUCCACCCACCCUCAGAACAGGGCCAUAACUUUCCUAUGAUCACAAGGGAGUGGAGGCCUCUUUCUCAAUUUAACACUGCUUCAUUUGACUUGGCUUCUGCAAUUGUAUAAUAUGAAAGGAGUUGAUAACUUGAUCCAACAGAUGCUGCUCAUAUUAGCCAAUCAGGUAACAAACACACACUUUGACCCACCUCUUUCCCCCCUUCUCUCUGUCCUCCUGCUUUCAGCAGCCAAUCAGUUACCUGGUUUUUAAUCACAUCCUGCCAGGCAGUGUGUGUCUCUUUUGGGGAGGGUGGUGGACAAGGGUGUUUGUUUGCUUGCAUUGUAUUCAUAGGUUUCUAAAAGUUUGGUGCCAGCUAGGAUGCCUUUGGGAUUUGCUAUUUCCACGUAGAAGAGUCAUGAAGACAAGGGAGACAUGUGGUGGGGGUGGGCAAGAUUGAAUCCAAACAAAAUUAAAACAUAUUAAACAGUUGGCCACACAGCAAAAAGCAUUUAGAAACUGGGUGGGAAAAUAGACAACGGAAGAGAGAAAAUUCGACUGAGUUUCAAAGAUGACUAUAUCUCUCCUGAGUCAGUCAUUAGUGAGAUAGCAUCCUCGUGGAAUUUUCUUUCUUUUUUAAAGUCAUUUUUCCAUAUUGAUCACAACAUGCCAAGAUUUAGCUACUGCAUCUUAUAGACAUGCAAUAAUAAAAUAAAUAGAAUAGAGCGGAAUCGAGCAAGGAAUCAAAAGCCCUGUACCCUUAUAAGCAUAUGCAAUAAUGUAUUGGCUUAAUCCUUAUGCUACAUUAUCACAUUUCACCAUGAAGUUGCCAAAUCAUAACAAACUCAUCUCACUCAUAACAUGUUGACAAUGUUCUCUCCAGAAAAACAUAAAUGCAUCUUGGUAUGUCCACAGCUCCAGUGAGAAGCAUUGUCCUCCCUCUCACUGCACCAUUCUAACAAUUUUCUAACUGCUCAAUAGUCAUGCUUGAUUGCCAUCAUUGCUUUUUAUUUCAUCCAGUUUUGUUCAGUCUGUAACUUUGCAGCAGAAAGAUUAAAACUGCUUCCACUUGGGAUUUUGAGGCUAUUGCAUUCAGACAGCUUUAAAACAGUAGUCAUUGGAUCAAAAGAGUUCCCAAAUCAAAUAUAGCACUUACGGUGUCUCACAACUGGGAGGUCUAUAUGAAUAUAGACAUGUCUAUCCAUCUCACAUCUGUAUGAAAAAGCCUCAUUUUUUUUCAAGAGGAUAAUAGGGAAUUUUAAUGAAUUUCCCAUGACAUUGGGAUGUGCUUUGUGCUUCAAACAAUUAGCUUCCCCCAGCCCAGACAAGAGCAGGUUUUUCUACCUUCUGCUAUAGUGCAAUUCAGUUUAUUAAUCAGUGCUUACAGAGUACCAAUGCCAUAUUCCUUUCCAUGCACUGCUUGGGUAGAUAGAAAUACUGCUGCUGUUAUUGAAGCAACAUUCCCAGCCAGUUAUAAAAUGCACUCAAGCCAAGUCAGCAUUAAAAUAUCAGGUAAGAAUUACCAUUAUUAUUUGGCAAGGUAAAUUGUUAUUAUUCAGCCAGCAUAACAUGAGAAACAGGGUUUUAUAACUGCAUAGCUCUACAAGUGACUAUGUGAGCAUAGUAGUCCAAGAAAAGUUGCACCCCCACAUUCAUUUUUACAGCAGAACCCUCUUCUAGUUUGCAGUGUGUUUACCUGCAUUUGUUGUAACCAUUUGCUUGGCAGUAGAAUUAUCUGGGCUAAGUUUCAUGUGUGUUGUAGCACCAAGUUCUUCCUUAAGAAAGUACAGUGCUUUCAUCCUCCAGCUCUCAUCUCCCAUCCAUGAAAUUCUUCUGUUUCUGUAUAAUUCAUGGUGGGGGAGGGCAUGGGGGUAUAGAACAAGGAGUGAGAGAGAAUUGUGAGGCUCCUGAGAAGCUCAAAAUACCAUCAAACCAUCUGUAUUCAAAGUGCAUGCUGAUAAUAUAAAAGGAAUGUAUAGAAGCAUGAACUGUAGAUGUCAUUAGUGAUCAAUAAAACCCUUUUUAUAAUUGCAUGGAACGUCUUGCAAACUACCAAUUAUACACAGGCUAGGCUUCAAGCAUCUGCUGCUAAUUAGGGAUGGACAGGAAAUGAAAUCUACUCUAGAUCUUUGCAGAGGGCAUUUGGAGGAUCAGAUAUCUGUAUAUUAAAUUAUUGUGUCCAUUCUCUGCAAGCCAAGCGGGAACCCCUGCUCAGGAGGCCAGCAUGAACACAUCACAGAGGGUCACCUGAAAGAAUCUCAUCACACCACACUGCAUUUUUCUGGGGAAGGAGGUUUGGUACUGCUUCUUUUGCCUUUGUUUUAAGGUUGAAUUGCCAAACUGGGAAUGAAAGAAACACAUAGAAAGCACAUAUUUUUAAAAAGAGGCUGGU